UAUUACGAAUGACAUUUUACUAAACAUUAGUUGAUUGAAAUUUCAUUGCUUUCGUUUUGUGGAAUAAAUCUUGUGUUAGCGAGCGUCGGCUACUUGUGAUUUAAACGAGCCGUUUGAGGUUUAUCGAUCAAAAUGGAAAGCACAAACGCAUCCGACAGCAGUUUUCGUUUCAAAACACCAACAAAGUCGACCGUCAGUUGGAAGCAAAAUCCGCUCACAUCUACCGCUGGAAGUGCGGGAAUCGACAAUUAUUCAUCUUUUAAGUUAAAUCAUCCGGGUUCACCUGAAAGAAGGCAGAACGUACAUCACUUCAACACAAGUGGCCAGCGGGCUCGAGUGAUAUGUACCACUAGCAAAAAGCGAGUUCCUUUCAGAAGUCGUCGACCUGCUGAUUGUAAAACUCCUCCGCCAUACGGUGGGACGAGAGGUGGGUUGAAACCGAGCAGUGUGUUUACCCCGCUGAAUAAGCUCAGAACUCUUCAACUUUCCAAUUCGGAAACGGACUCCGACUGGCGUAGCUUUUUCCGAAGCUCGUUCGAAGUUAAUCAAAGUUUUCCGCGUAUCGCAAACACCCGUGAACGCCGUAAUAAUGCUCACUUUCUGCUGAACACGCCUCUUCGACUUCAUCGAGCACCUCCAGCAGUUGCAACCGGUGGUAAACACCAACGCUCAGAAGCAGCGACACCGAUGGAUCGUGUUCGUGUAGACGGUGCUAACGGAUUGCGCUUUUCGGCGUUUCGCCCCAAAGGAUGCGUCUCACAAGGCGUCAGUUCACCGUACAAUAAUUCCUACGUUGCCUCGGCAUCGGAAUCGAUUGGCCAUCUGCCAAAAAGUGGAAUCAAUCCAAAUAAGGCGGUUUUUACGAUUGAUGCUAAGACGUCCCGGAUUUUGAUAGUCAAUAGAAAUGCUUGUGACUUGCUGGGAUACAAUUCGAAGGAGUUGUGUGAGAUGCAGUUUGCAAAUCUGCUGCCGAAUAAGAACAAAAUGCACGUUUCUGCGUUGGCAGAAGGGCAACUGAAUAGCGAGGAUGGAACUGUGAUUAUACUCAGCGGGAAGGUUGUGGAACUGUGCACGAAAUCUGGAGACAAUGUAGCGGUUUCACUUUGGGUACGACAGAUCGAUAACGAAACACGGUGUCUUGCCGUGGCGGAACCGGUGGAAAGGCGAAUUGCACAGCUUUUGGUCGACAAAAGUGGUUACGUGAUUUCCGGUGACUAUGAAGCUCUGUUACUGUUUCAACUGGAUUCCCUGGAGAAAUUUAGCGGAAUGGAUGUUAGUUUGUUGAUUCCGGCGAUUCAGUUACCGGAUGCCGACAACAGCAUGAUUGCCAAGCACAUCCGGAAGCAAAAGGCGACUGGGAAAACAGCGGAGGGUGUUGCCUUCCCGCUCUGUUUGAUGAUCUCUCACCACGACUCGGGUACGGAUACCACCGAUAGCGGGCUAUCGAAUCCGAACCAUCUGUUCGUGAUCACUAUCUGGGUGUUUACGAAUCUGUCCGGGCUAAUUGUGAUCGACGAGAACUCCAUCAUCGAGUCGUGUAAUCAUCAUUUUUCGAUGCUGAUGUUUGGUUUUCCGCAGAAUAAGAUCAUUGGGGAACAUAUCACGAAGAUUUUGCCUAACUUCGGACAGGAGUGCGACUAUUUGGGGUUUAUGAAUCGUAGCCGUAAUGCGACGCUGUCUUCGUUGGACAACGACGAGUCGGAGACGGAAACGGAUCACGUGGAUUUCGAGAACAAGGACGAAUUCAUCAACAACGCUAUCAACAGUAUGAAGUGCGCCUCGGAAGGCCUAAGUAGUCCUGUGGUGGAAUCGAGGAAGGUAUGUUUGGAUUUCACAACGACCUCCACCAGUAGCGCCAACAAUGCUGGCACCAUGUCAAUUUCACUAUCUACCGAUUGCCAACCGACGGACAGGCAGCAUCCAAGCGAAACCAACGAAUCCAGCGGUUUAUUUAGUUCGAUCGUUGUUAGUUCCGUCCCGGAGAAUCUGCUCUAUCUGGAAAGCGACAGUGAAAAUGAUCGAAACUAUGCUAAUUCAGUAAGCUGCAGUGCUCUAAAAUCGGUGGGGCAAUCGACAACUGGUCCGCCUAUACUCAGCACAAAAGAAAUUCUAAUGAAGGCACCCGCCUUAGAAGACUGUGCCAAUUUUGUCGACUGUGAGCUCCUCACUCCCGUCAACGAUACAUCCAAAAGCUUGGACAUGCUAAGCGGUGGUGAGAAAAACUCUUCCACCGAAAAUAGCAUCUCGAAGGAACAACUGUACACAACGGAGGACAUCAACGCGGGUCUGCUGAAAAAUUCCACCAAUAGAGAUUACUCGAACUCGGUUAGUGCACCGGCCACCACUCCACGCUACGUGAAGCCUUAUGAGCUGUCGAAGAAUAUGGUCACUUCGACACCCGACCAGCACAAACGACAUUCGGUGGCGGGUGUUAUUUCAAAUCCGACCAGUCAGCGCAAAUCAAUCUAUUCCGAUGGGAAGUACCGCGGAGAAGCAAUCCAUUAUGAUAGCAACGUGAUAGAUAUACUGUAUACCAUAUCCAACCACAUGCUUCCAUGCGGGAGAAAAGUUUACUGCAUUUGGAUCAGUCGAGAUCCGGAUUCGUCGUACAAUAACAUGGACGAUGAGGAUAAGCAUCAAAAUUUAACGCUGACCUUCAACAGUAUUACAAGCACGAUUGACAAUUCGCUCGGACAGGCAAUCAAGAAUACGGCGACAGCUCAGCACUCGGAUCGACCGAAUUCUGCCUCGCGAAUGUCCCAGUGCGAUGAAGAUCUGACGCACGGCGAGUUUAGCAAGUAUUAUACGUUGGUGAAGCAUAUCGGGAAGGGAGCGUAUGGUUACGUGAAGCUGAGCUAUCGAAAUUCCGACAGACUACUGGUGAUAUCGAAAUUCAUACUGAAAGAUAAACUUGUCCCGCAGUUUAUGAUCACCACCGAGGAGAAACGAGAAAUUCCAAUGGAAGUGUACCUGCUGAUGCACGUGAAGCAUCCGAAUAUUGUUAACAUGUUUGAUUGGUUUGAGAACGAAAAGUUCUUCCAAGUGGUGAUGGAAAUCCACGGCUCCGGGAUGGAUCUGUUCGAGUUUAUCGAUCGGCGGCCAGUGAUUACCGAGAAAUUAGCAUGCUUCAUUUUCCGCCAAAUUGCAAACGCGGUGGCAUUCCUGCACUCGUUGAACAUUCUGCAUCGCGAUAUCAAGGACGAGAAUGUGAUCAUCGAUCAUAAUUUCCACAUCAAGUUGAUUGAUUUCGGAUCGGCUACUUUUGUGCAGGAAGGUCAACUGUUUUCCACCUUUUACGGUACGACCGAGUACUGCAGCCCGGAGGUCCUUGCCGGUAAUCGAUACACCGGUCCGGAGUUGGAAAUGUGGGCACUCGGGGUGACGCUGUAUGUGUUAAUGUUCUUCGAGAACCCCUUUGUAGAUGUUGAGGAGAUACUGCAAUCCGAAUUGAUAAUCCCGCACGAGAUCAGCGAAGAACUCGAAUAUGUACUACUCUCGUUGUUGGACAAAAAUCCUAAAACUCGAAUCGUUAUAAAAGAUCUGCUGGAGACUGAAUGGAUGACCCAGGAUAUUAAUCCGGCGCAGUUCAAUUUUGCCAAGAUUGUACCCUGUGAACCGUACGAAACUAAUCCGGAAAAAUACUACGUAGAUCCGAACAUUUGCUCUAGCCAGACGGGACUGUCUACUUCGCCACACAGUCUAUCACUGGUGGACGACGUCGAUGGGGAGGAUGACGACGAGCAUGCUCACAUGGAUGACUCGUUUAUCGAUCCGGAUGAGAUGUUGGAUGACGAUGUCUGUCCGCUGUCGCAUGAUGAUGAAAUGCCACCAGAUAGAAUCGGUGAUUAUUCCGGAAGAGAAGUGCAUAUUCUUUCAACGGGUCUGACCAGCUUAUCGCUGAGGGAAGCAGACGGAACCUGCAUCAGUCUGGUAGACAAUCAAUCUUCUACGCACCCCGCAGAAGUUAUAGACAGCUGUGAUACGGAAAAUGAUAUCCUGCUGGUGGUGCUGGAUGACGAUGAUGAGGAGCAUGAUGAUGAUGAUGAUGGGGCAAAAAAUGAUGCUGUAAGAAUUAGUACCACCGAUAAGGACAAGAAUGCGUCCAAUAGGGGCGUCGACUCGAGUCCGUACUGUUCUCCAAGCAAAAGUGAACGACAUCGGCGACAGCGAAGGCAGCGUGCCUGGGAGACGAGCAAUUCUUCGGUAAUUGCUACCGAUCCCAGUUUGGGUGAGUUCGAGCUGGAAGAGUCACCUGGCGAGUGUGACUACACGAAUGAAAUCUUCGACGAGGAUCAAGAUGAUGAAGCAGAUGAAGAAUCUGCGUCGGGCUCAACGGUUGGGGAACUGUCAAACGUAAGUUGAAAUUCUCACAUUCCUUCAAGCUAAUCUGCGGCGGUGUUUUGUGCGCUUAUAUCCCAGCUUUACAGGGAUUUAUUGUGCUUAGGAAAUGGGGGGCACAGAUGUAACUAAAAGUAAUUAAUAUUAUGAUACUCAUCAUUCGAUACUCAAAUUGACAGAUAACAGAGAGCAUUGCACAGACAAGGUUUAGGCUUGUGUAGUCAUAGAGAAGAGGACUUUAUAGAUGGAACUGUGACAGGAUAGCGCCAGCUGGUUCGUAGUUUGUAGUAAACGCAGAGCAGAGUCACACAACAUAGUGGUAAUAAAAUAGUUGCAGUAGCGGUAGUCAAACAAAAUAACAGCAGAAAAAAACAGAGCACACAGAAGUUUAUUAUCUACUGAAUUAUAUAUCAUUGUUGAACAGAUUAUUGAUUUUAAAAAAUUUACAUAAAAUAAGCAAUGAUGAUAGAAGAGCAUUUCGUACCGGAAGUGAAGCAAAUAGUAGCCAAUUACGCGAUUGUCGGUCUCGAUUGUAAAUAUGUCUAGCGAAUAGAAAUUUAUGCAGUUUUAAAGUAA